CCGUCGUCAAAUAUCCCCUUCCCACGCGAUCGAGACUAUGUAACACGAACGGAAAUUACAACGCAUAUCGACUCAGCCCUGUCGUAUCCAGCUGCAAGGCUCGCUCUGGUGGGCCUCGGAGGUGUUGGAAAAUCACAAAUCGCUAUUGAGUACUGCUAUCGCACGCGAGAGACGUUCCCAGAUACAUGGGUCUUCUGGAUUCAUGCGAGCACCCAGGGACGGUACGAGCAGAGCGUACGCGACAUUGCUGAUCUUGCACGCAUCCCAGGGCGAUCAGAGUCUACUGCAGACAUAUACAACUUGUUCCGUGACUGGCUGCGCGAGAAGGCUUCGAGGAAAUGGCUGAUCGUACUCGACAAUGCGGACGAAGUCGAUUUCCUCGUCGAGCGGUUCAAUGGAUCUGUCUCUCUCUUUGAGCGUCUGCCGAUCUGUGAUCAGGGCAAUAUUCUCAUCACCUCUAGGAGCAUGUCUUCAGCGGAGAGACUCGUCGAUAUGAAAGCGAGAAUUCCAAUCCCUCGCAUGGACAGGCAGCAAGCUGCGAUGUUGUUGCAGCAUAAGCUGGGGUCACAAGUAGCCGGGGUCGCCAACACAGAGGACUGCGAAGCGCUCGCAGUAGCUCUGGACUUCAUGCCCUUGGCCCUUUCGCAAGCUGCAGCGUACAUCCAGCAACGAGGAACGCUGUCGUCAGUCAAGCAGUACCUGGCAAAGCUGGACAAAAAGGAUCAAUCGAAGCGCAGCAUUCUCGAUGAAAACUUCAAGGACCAUCGGCGCGAUCCUGAGGCUCACAGUGCGAUUAUGGCCACAUGGCAAAUAUCGUUCGAACAUCUUCGCCGCGAGCGACAAUCUGCAACGGAUUUAUUGUCGCUGAUGUGCUUUUGCGACCGUCAAGCUAUCCCGAGUGUUUUGCUCCAGAAGUUAGAGAGCGACGAGGAAAGUAACACGACCAGACUAGAGUCCAACGACAAUGCGGGCACUUCAAGCGCUGGAGACUCGGCGACCUCUCCGGAUGUAGAAGAAGAAUUUUUUAAGGAUAUCGCGAUGCUCAAAGGCUUUGCUUUUAUCUCGAACUCGUCUGACAGCUGCACAUUCGAGAUGCAUCGACUUGUGCAACUGGCCACUCAACGAUGGCUUUACAACCAGGGUCAAGCCGAACAUUGGAAGAAAGCAUUCAUUCGUAACCUAGAUAUUCUGCUCCCCUCAGGAGAUUACGAGACCUGGGAGACGUGCCGGAAAUUAUUCCCGCAUGCAAUAGCGGUAUCUCAUCUAGUAAUCACAGAUCGAGAAGCCUUAUUGCUCAAAGCCUCAAUCUGCGAGCGCGGAGGGCGAUACGCGAAUACGCGAUCCCUACUCGGCGAGGCGGAAGAGAUGUGCAGUACCUCCUAUAAGAUACGAGCGGAAAUUUUUGGAAGUGAGAAUCUGGACACCCUAGAGAGUAUGUCAAAGCUUGCCGCGACAUACUGUAGUCAGGGGCGUACGAAUGAAGCAGAGCAGCUGGUGCUCCAAGUUUUGAAAGCCAAGGAGAAGCUGUUUGGGCCCGAGCAUCUAGAAACAUUGCCGAGCCUAAGUCAAUUGGCGAACGUAUACAAGCAUCAGAGGCGAUUAAGCGAGGCAGAGCAGCUAGAUAUCAAAGUUUUCCAGCACAUUGAGGCGCUACUUGGGCCCGAACAUCCCGACACAUACGACACUAUGGAGCUCCUCGUAACGACGUACGUGGAGCAGGAGCGGUGGAGCGAGGCCGAGCAGCUUCACGUAAAGCUACUAGAGGCGAGGAAGGCGAUGCUUGGGCCCGAGCAUCCAGAUACACUCAGGAUCAUUGGCUACCUCGCAGGUGCAUAUAUCGGCGAGAUGCGACACGACGAGGCGGAGCAGCUUCUGAUAAAGCUGGUAGAGACGAGUAAGUCGGUGCUUGGGCCCGAGCAUCCAGAUACAUUGACGAGCAUCAGGAAGCUUGCUGUGACAUACGUAGAACAAGGUCGAUGGGUCGAGGCUACAGAUUUAUUGACACAAGCGGUCGAUAAAGCUCAGAAGGCUCUCGGACCGCAACAUCCUGACACC